AUGUUCGUGGCGCGUCUAUUGUUAUUAGUUAAACAUUGAAAAACACUUAAAAAUAUCAACAAUAUCAAUUCAUAUCAAAUAUUUCAGAACAUUCCCAAGUAAUGAAUUGGCUUACAUGGAUUAUCCAUCCGAAGGUGACACUGAAAUAACCUCAGCAGAUGCCCGAAACAUGUUGUUUGAGUCAUUCGUAAUCCGGUUCAAUGAAUGGAGAGCAGCUAAAAUAAACACUACGAUGCAUAUUCAUACUGUUGACAUUUUGAGUUUUUAUUCAUUCAACAAUACUGUAUCCAUUCCGGUUAUACCAAAUACUGUUGAUGACACCCUGAAACAGCAAAUUUUGGAGAUAUGUGGACGCAAAGAACCAUUAUAUCCGGCUGUGAUUGCAAAAGGACGUGGUCUGUUUAUUUGGGGCGAUGGUCUAGAACAAACUAUGCGCGCGUAAGUACAAGGUUAUGAAAUAAUACUGCAAUGACAAGUACAUUAAAUUAAAAUAAUUUGUCUGUUUAAAUUCGAAUUAGU